AUAGGUUCUGGAUAUCUAAAAAAAUCAUCAUACCCGCAUGUUAUUUCUUAAUUCAUAUAAAAUAAUAACAAAUUGCAGUUCUGUUCAUAGUAAAUUGGGUUCCGGUCGAUGCAGGUCAUGAUGGGUAGUGUGAUAUUCUAUUGUUUUUUUGUUAUAUAUGUUGCUGUGAAUAUUGCCAAUGCCACUGGCGAUAAGUAUUGUCGGCUGCCCUGUUAUCAAGGCACACAUACAGUGUGUAAUCGUGAAAAAAAGAAAUGUGGACCCGAGCCCAAAUGUGGUCCAGACUUCAGAGUGAUAAAGUUGAAAGAUGAUGAGCGACAGGCCAUUUUGGAUCUUCACAAUCAACUAAGGAACAAGGUUGCCUUAGGUCAAGAAGGAAAACAACCAUCUGCGUCGAAUAUGAGGGCAUUAAGUUACAAUAGGGAAUUAGAAUUUGUCGCACAAUGCUGGGCGAAUGCUUGCAAUGGAAAUCCUUUGAAACAUGAUGAUUGUCGAAGUACAACUGACUUUGAGAACGUUGGACAGAACCUUGCAAGAAGAAGCAGUACAAGUUCUGCGGUAGAUGUACCAAAAAUAAUUAAAGACUUUAUCAUGGGUUGGUACAACGAAGUUAACGAAUACGAUCCAAGUUCAGUGAGUGGAAGUGGCCUUUGGUCCUCUAGUACUGGCCAUUACACUCAGAUGGUGUGGGCCGAUACAACCGAAGUAGGAUGUGCAGUAUCCUACUAUUCUGCCAAAAAUUUGGGACGAAAGUGGUACAGUGUGCUACUGGCUUGCAACUACGGCCCUGCAGGCAACUAUUUGGGACGUCCGGUAUACAUAACUGGCAGUCCAGCUACUGGAUGUCCCGGUGGACGCCCCAAUAGGAAAUACAAAGGGUUGUGUGGAGGCGAUAAAAGCUUGAAGGAAACAAAGAUAUUUAGGAAUGAUUUCUUUAAUGUAACUAUCUGAGAUUUUAUUUUAUUUGGGUGUUAAGUAUCGUAUCUAUUAUACAUAUACUUAGUUGUAAUUAAUGUUGAAAGAAUAUGUUUCUUUGAUGGGUAAAAAGUUUGAUAUACCGUCUCUGCUGAUAGGUUACUAAAUGUCACUUUUCAUAAUAGUAUAUUAUGUAAUAAGUGUUAUAAACGUCCUUUUAGUAACGAGUCUUUUAAGCACGAGCGGAGCAGAGCGGAGCGAGUGUUUAACAAACGAGUGUCUAGAAGAGUUUAUAAACGCGUUACAUAUACUAUGCUUUUUCUACAAACUCCGAAAAUUAUAUCAACAUACCUGCUAUUCCUGCUAACCUUCAAAAUAAUUCGAAAGGAAUGGGAAUUGAGAACAUAAUACAUGCAACUGCAUGCAACCAGCGAGACACGUAUAAGUGAUAUUGGUUGUAGAUUUGUCCAGUCCAUUGAUUACUUACCUUUGUUUCACAUUUAUUGUCAUGCUUAGCACAGAAUAAAUAAACUGUUCUCAAAGAUGGAUGCCUCUCAUU